GAUAGAUAGAUAUGGUUCGGUUGACGGGAAAGAGAGAGAGAAAGAGAGGGGGGGGGGAGAGAAGCAGCAGCAUGAGCUGCCGGCGAGAAAGUUGUACAAGCGUCUCCUUAGCUGGAGGCGGGCGCUUUAAAACCCUCCCCGUUUCCCGGCGAACUUCCUUCCUUCCUUCUUUCCCUCUCCCUCGCUCCCCAUUGAAAGAGAGCGCGAAACAGUGGCGAUUGGAGGAGACGCAGGGAGGCCACGGCUCCUCCUCGUUCAGCUCCCCGGUGCCCUAAUGCCCACGGCGCCGCGUGGGUGACGAGGCCUCUUCCUCCCGCGCCAAAAGGCGCCACUCCUCCGUUCGCCGCCCCAUAUGCUGGCAGGGAGAUGAGCACCACGUGACGUGGGGUUGAGGAGGGUGGUGGGACUAGCAGUUGUCUGUUUUCCAGCUUGAACGGGUUUUUUUUUUUGGGGGGGGAAGGCAGGGUGAUUUUGAAGAGAGGCAAUACUAAGAUCUCUCCCCGCCCCCCGCUUAUGGUUAGCGCUUGGCUGCUAAUUUGCCCACAUCUGGUUAUGUGCUCAGCUCCCUCCCCCCACCCCCGGUCGCAUAACAGGAGGGUUGCUAUGGAGCCAGGAGUAUUAAUAAUAAUAAUUUAAUGUUGUGAUGCAUUUCUUAACUCCUGUCUGCCCUCACAUUUCCCUGUGAGCACUAAGAUCCACUGAGAGCACCCUCUUAAAUAUAUUAGCGGGAUAUAUCCUAUCUUAUCUUUCAUUAGCAAGGGAAUAUGAAAGGACCUCUCAGCAGUUACUCACAACUACCAAACUUCCCAGUAUGCAAUAUUUGAUGGUCAAGGUAGUAACAAUAGUGUGUGUGUAAGUGUGUAAGUAAACCUUUUUGGUCAUUUUAAAACCUCAUGAGGCCAACCUCCGGAAGAAAAUAAAGCAGUCCCACACCGGUCCCUGGGAUGGAAGGCUCAGCGAAGCAGAUGUAAAACGUUAGCGCUGUCAAGUGCCAGGAACAGCAUGGAUGGCAAAUUCACCAAGUCCUUCGGGGCGGGGGUGCAAAAUGUGUUUUUGUGUGGUGUCCCAUUAGAGACCUGGAUAUAACAGGCCCAUAGCUACCCAGAAAAGUUCAGCUGAUUGACCACUGUGGAUACUGUAUAGUGGUAGUAGAUAAGUAAGAUUUUCACAUCACCAUCACUGCCACAAAAGAACGGAAGCUCUAGUCUGUGUUUGGUCAUCCCUACCUCUUCAUUGCCUUAAACUCUUCAGAAUAUUAGGGAUCAAACCUGAAGAGACAGGGCGGAAUUGGCAACAAUGGGGACUCUUUUUAAGAAAAGAAACUGAAGGGUCACAGCUUGGGAGGGAAGGAAUAACCUUCCUGUCCCCAGCGCACUACAAUUCCACCUCGAUAGCUGUAAUUAUUUCGAUAAAAACAAGAAGCCUAGCUGCUAUUACGCAUUAAGCAUAAUGUGCAGCCUGACCACGAACUGUGGCAUGUAGGAUAGUGUGUCUAGGAACAAUAGUGUCAACUGACCAUACUGUCUCCUUGCUUUAGAAGUUGACUAGUACUUCAGUGGGACAAAGUAAAAUAAAAAAAAUCCUUCAGUAGCACCUUAAAGACCAACUAAGUUUUUAUUUUGGUAUGAGCUUUCGUGUUCAUGCACACUUCUUCAGAUACCUGAAGUGGGACAGCUUGCAAUAUUUAUUUGAAGGAAAUUCCCUGGAAAGCAGUCAAGAAACUGUAACCAUUAGCCUUUAUAUAGGCAGAUUAUCCUAACUACUACUACAGUCUCCCAAGAAGGGUGUAUUCACUAUAAAGCUACGGUAAUCACCAGGUUAGGAUUUAUCAUUGUUGUUGUAACUACAUUUCCCAUGUAUUGAUCUCCAGUGUCCUGUCCAGUACAAAUCCAGUGAUUUGUAGUAUAAGUAGGUUCUGAUCCGUACCAAUAAUAGCCCACUCAUGCCAUUAGGUCAUGAGCUGCACUAAAGAGUUCUCAGCAUGAAUAUCAAGAUUAUUUCACAUACACUUAAUGAAGAACAGCAUCAAACAUCACUGAAAGAGGGUCCAGUUUCCAUAAGCAUACUAUUGUUAUUUGACAAUUGUUCCAAAUCAUCAGCAAGGCCUCAGCACUUGGUAUGAUUGCUGUAUAUUACCUCCAAGUUCAGAGGAAACAUGGCUCUGAAAACUAGUAGCUGCUGUGCCCUCAGCUCCUGCCUGUGGGCUUCACAAAGGCACCUGCAUGUUAGAUUCCUCAUAUCACCCAUCCAUUUAUUGAAAAUAUUAACAUAAAAGCAACCCUUUCACAAUGUUGGUUGCACAAUAGAAAGGGGAUAGCUGAUUAAAUAAUUAACUCAAGCGGUCUGUUUCAAUUGUACAUCCAUGUAGGGAAAUAAACUAUUUACAAUACAUUGGAAGCUACAGGAAGUGGUAGCAAGCAAGUAGGCCUACACGACUCAGACUGUAGAACUGUGUAGCUUUCUUGUUCAAGGGUUUUAUGCAAACCACCACACUUAUGCAACUCUCUAAAAGAAUUAAUAAAACUCUGUUAAGAACAUAAGUGAAUAGAAAAGAAAAUAAUAAUCUGAAACCUUUGAGCAAUCACAGCAGCUACUUAAAAUAUGCCGUCUGACAUGCAGAAUGUUCCAUGCAUCACCAUAUGUGAAAGUGGGGGAGGGAGUUGAGUGGUUUUACAAUGAAGGUUCUGUUUGUCAGUAACCUGACUCCAACAUUAAGCCAGGCCACAACAUCUAUGCCUAGCUCUGCUUUGGUUAAAGAGAAACAUCUUUCCUUUAGAAGAGCUAUAGCUAUGCAAUGUGUUCUCUGCAUUGUUAAGCAAGAAAGCAGAUAAUGAUUUUCCCACCCUCCCAAAAUCUGUAUAUUUGCAUGUGAAGUGGUAUGUGGCAUUAGCAGGGGGGGAACAUAAAUUAUAAACAGUGUUUUAAUGAUUGAACAAAGAUUAAAUGCUUGUAUGACAUUGGGGAGCGCAGUGAGCAGGCAAUAUUUCACAGCGCAGCAUUUAAACGUCAUUGGGAUUAUUAGGAGGUUUUUUUAAUUAAUUGCCAGAUUUAGAUUUUCUGUUUUGUUUCGUUUUGGUGAAGAAAGCCCUUCUCUGCAGCACUACUGAGGCCAUAGCAGAUUGGAUCCCUAAAUUCUCAUGAGAGCAGAACUCUCACAGAAUACUCCAGCUAGCACAAGCCGGCAGAAGCACGUUCGGGAAUAUGGAAAAAUUUUCAAGUCUCAUUUUGGUCCCAAACUAGUUGUAUCCAUUGCAGAUCGAGGCAUGGUUGCUCAGGUUCUUCGGGAAGAAGGAUCCGCGCCACAACGAGCUGACAUGGAUUCCUGGCAGGAAUACAGGGAUCUACGGGGGAGAGCUACAGGACUUAUAUCUGCAGAAGGGGAACAGUGGCUAAAAAUGAGGCGUGUACUAAGGCAAAAAAUGGUAAAACCCAAAGAUGUUGCCAUUUUCUCAGGAGGAGUUAAUGAAGUUAUUGCAGAUUUAAUUAAGAGAAUCCACAUUCUCAGAAAUCAAGAAGAAGAUGGGGAAACAGUGACAAAUGUUAACAACCUUUUUUUCAAGUAUUCAUUGGAAGGAGUGGCAACUAUUCUGUAUGAGUGCCGCCUGGGGUGCUUGGAAAACCAGAUCCCCCAGAAGACUGUGGAAUACAUUGAAGCUUUGGAGUUGAUGUUCAGUAGUUUCAAGACUACCAUGUAUGCAGGAGCCAUCCCCAAAUGGCUUCGUCCAAUUAUUCCAAAACCUUGGAGAGAAUUCUGUAGAUCAUGGGAUGGACUCUUCAGAUUUACUCAAAUUCAUGUCGACAAUAAAUUACAUGAUAUAAAGUCCCUUUUGGACCAGGGGAAAGAGGUAGAUGGUGGACUUCUCACAACUCUGCUUAAUAGUAAAGAACUUACAGUGGAAGAAAUCUAUGCCAAUAUGACUGAGAUGCUUUUGGCAGGAGUUGAUACAACUUCAUUCACUUUAUCUUGGGCGACGUACCUGUUAGCAAAGCACCCGGAAGUGCAGCACUCCGUCUAUAAAGAGAUAGUCAAUAACUUGGGGAAAGAUAAAAUCCCUGAUGCACAUGACGUCCCCAACUUACCAAUGAUCAGAGCCGUUCUCAAAGAAACUUUGAGGUUAUAUCCAGUGUUACCAGGAAACGGUAGAAUAACCCAGAAAGAUAUGGUUGUUGGAGGAUACUUGAUACCUAAAGGGACCCAGCUGGCACUCUGUCAUUAUGCUACAUCAUAUCAGGAAGAGAAUUUCCCAUUAGCAAAUGAGUUCCAGCCUGAGCGCUGGCUAAGGAAAAGCAAUAUGGACAGAGUGGAUAAUUUUGGUUCCAUCCCCUUUGGUUAUGGUAUACGUAGUUGUAUAGGAAAAAGAGUUGCUGAGCUUGAAAUUCACCUUGCACUAAUACAGCUGCUUCAAAAUUUUGAAAUAAAAAUUUCUCCAAAAACUAAAACAACUUAUGCCAAAACCCAUGGACUAUUGACUCCUGCAAACUCCAUCAAUGUGAAAUUUGCUGACAGGAACUGGUAGCAGGACCUUCCGGAAGCUCCUCAGCCUGACCUCUGACUGAAAGGUGCAUGAUGGGAUUCCUGUAAUCAAGCUUUAUGUGCCUCCCUAGAGGUUUAUCGUUCUCCUGCUAAACAAUUAUAUAUGUUCAUGCAAAACAUCCUGCAAGUACAAAUUAGAACCAUUCCUCUUUAUGCUGGGAAUCCAGUUUGAGAGAUAUGGUAAAGGCAGCAGUUGUACCAGUUCAGUGUCAUAGUCUUUAAGCCAUUACCUUUGAGAAGAACUGAGAUGUCCUCUGCAAAAUUCUAGUAAAUGAUAGCCAAAAUAGUAAUCACUUUGUCACCUCUUCCAGCUGGGUUCCUAUGACUAGGCCUGUGAUAAAAAGGCAGCAAUCUGUGAUAGUUGAUUAUGAGAUAACUGGUAACAGAUUUACAUCCUCAGGAUAUCUGCAAUUAUAACAUGCAUAAGAUAUAAACUCAUUCUUAAAGAUAAGUGUGACUGACUGCAGGAAAAACACUGAUUAGUAAUGUUUGUUUGUUUGCUCUCUUCGGUAUCUUUUUAGGAACUCCCACUUUGACUUUGGUUAACUUUUUGAUAGUUUUUGUGUAUUAACUAUAAUGUACGAAAAAACUAGGAUAAUAUUUUGAAAUAUGGAGACAUUUUAAAGAAAAUUAUUAAACUUAUAGGCAAACUUAUAGAUUCCAAUGUUUGAUUUUUAUUCCAUAAAAGCUUUUUAGAAUAAUAUACAAAAGGAAUAUAAAAUUUAUGUAAAUUUAAGCCAACAAGUCACAGAAAUGGCAAAAAAAAUUUUUAUAUCUGUCAUUUUAAAUUUUUUUUACAGUUAUUACAAAUAUAGCUUUCAUUUUAAAUAAAAGCUUUACUUUAGUAUCUUGGCAUUUUUUUGUAAUUGCACAUUGUAUUAUCCUGCUUUUACAUAAAACUUUAUUAUUUGUGUGGGCUACUGCCCUCUCUAGGACAGAUAGAUAAAUUACAUGGUGUUUAUGUACUUGAAAAAUGUGCACUUUGUAGUUGCUCAUAUAAGCAAGUUGCAUAGCUAGUGGCAACCAGACAAGUUUAUGUUUGAAACAGGAUGGGAGGACAGCAAUCUGACCGUUAUGCAGAAAGCAUUAUUAAAGCAAUUACUGUGUAGUGAAACCAUUUUAUACCUGCAGCUAAAUGGUUGCGAGUAAGAUUGAAUAAGGAUAUGUACAAAAUGGAUGAAAGUUAUUCACUUUGAAACAUUUACAUUAGAUAUUUCAUUAGUUACUACCUUGACAUUUACUAAUCUCAGCUUCACAUUAAUUUUCCAAAUGUGAAUCUGUCCAACUAUCUUGUGAAGCCCUUUCUCCAUCUCUGGAGAAGUUCAGCAGAGAAUCAAAACUUGUGUGCUCUCAAUAUUUAGGCUUGCUUUUGGCAAACUCUGAGAACUUGGUUAUGUGGGGAUCAAAUAACUGAUUCUCAGCUUGAAUUCUUUAUGGUACAGUAAUUUGGACUGUUGCAUUAGCUGUUAUCAAAAGUCAUAAUAUGUUUUUAUGGUAAUCUUUUGUAAGUUAACUUUUCAUAUGAUAUAAAAAUAAAGAGAAACAUUUUAAUAGUUUUCUAUCAUUAAUAAAUACUUUUAGUUACUUUGAUCAUUCUCCCUACUUGUCCCUUAGCCAUAAUAAAGUAAUUAUAUAUCAGCCCUGGAUUUUGUCUGAAAUUGUUGCACUUGUCAGCAGCUUUAAAAACAAAAGACAUCAUAGGGCUAUUCUGCCUCAUGCCAGCAAUCCAAACACAUUUAUUACAGCAUAAGCUUUGUUGCCUACAGUCUAUACCAGGCAUCCCCAAACUUCGGCCCUCCAGAUGUUUUGGACUACAUUUCCCAUCUUCCUCGACCACUGGUUCUGUUAGCUAGGGAUCAUGGGAGUUGUAGGCCAAAACAUCUGGAGGGCCGCAGUUUGGGGAUGCCUGGUCUAUACAGUCUACUUCAUCAGAUUCAGAAAAGCUCUUCAUAAUAAAUCAUUCCCUCAUGCCUGGGCUCUGAGAUCUUCUCUAGGUCCCGCCUCCCUCAGCGGCAUGCUUGGUGGGGACUCGAGAGAGGGCCUUCCCGGUGGUGGCUGCUCCCACACUUUGGAACUCCUUUCCUAGAGAACUUAGACUGGCUCCCUCCUUGCUGUUCUUCCACCAGCAUCUGAAGACCUUUCUAUUCCAACAGGCCUUUGAGAACUAUUAUUGCCUGUGGUUUUUAAUGGGUCUUCUAAUAUUAUUUGAAUUUUAUUGAUGUCUAAUUACGACCCAGGUGGCGCUGUGGGUUAAACCACAGAGCCUAGGGCUUGCUGAUCAGAAGGUUGGCGGUUCAAAUCCCUGCGGCGGAGUGAGCUCCCAUUGCUCAGUCCCAGCUCCAGCCAACCUAGCAGUUCGAAAGCAUGUCAAACUGCAAGUAGAUAAAUAGGUACCAAUCUGGCGGGAAGGUAAACGGCGUUUCCAUGCGCUGCUCUGGUUCCUCCAUAAGCAGCUUUGUCAUGCUGGCCAGAUGACCCAGAAGCUGUACGCCGGCUCCCUCGGCCAAUAAUGCGAGAUGAGCGCCGCAACCCCAGAGUCGGUCACGACUGGACCUAAUGGUCAGGGGUCCCUUUACCUUUACUAAUGACAUUUUAAUAAUAAAUAGUUAUGUAUUUUUAGCUUGUUCUAGUUAAAGCCACCAUGAGUCCUGGACUGGGGAAAAGGCAGGUUAAUGGUGGUGGUAGUAGUAGUAGUAGUACCAGUAGCAGUCUUUAAGGUGUAAGAAGACUUUUUGUUUAUGCUGCAACAAGCUGACACCCCCCCCCCCCCAGAUUUGCUUUUACUUUCUGACUGACCUAAAGCCCACUUGUUCAGGUAUUAGUCAAGGGACAAAUGUGAGAGUCCUCAAAAGAAGGAAAUACGUAGCCAGGUGGCAUGGAAGAUCCUGAAAUCAACAGGGCAAAGAUGCCCUGCACAUAAUUUCAAGUUUUUUUAUAUUAAAAAAUGAAUGCAGAGACACAUUGCCUGGGGCUGCAUACUUGCCUCUUGCUGUAUCAGACGCUAUUAAGGGUAGGUGCUAUGAAUUGAAAUUUAUGCCAAUCAGCCCCUGGAGCACAUCCUAACCAUAUUCUUUGGCUCUAGAAUUCAUUCAUACUGCACAUGCUAGUAUGGCCCAAUGCUACAAUAUCAUAAUUGCAUCAAUAGAAUUUAUUCUCUGUUUUUCAAACUACCACCCAUCCGUUAUGUGCUGUAGAAAAAUUAGUGCAGUGACUUCAGUGCCCUUGAUAUUUUCCUUUCCCAACCCUCUUGCUUCAAUCCAGGAAAAGUUAAUUGGGUUUACAUGCUGUUUCAAUGGAACUUAAAGCAUGACAAGUUAUUUCUGGACCGAACCCAUAUUUUGUAUUAUCUGGUUUAUCUCCAGGAUUAUCCUGUGAAAAGUUUGUUCUGGGUUGGUCAGGUUGACUCCGAGUCAGAAUGUCCCCCCACCCCCAUCCUUCGCUGACAGAGUGAGUUUAUUUCCAACUCUCACAUUCCCAAGUUAAGAAGAGCCUAGUUUGCAGCUUUGGGAGAAGGCCUGACCUAUGUGCCGAGUCUAAGCACUGCUGGCAUUCACUAGCAGACAGAUAUUAUCCCCAGAAAAAUGAUACUGUGCAGUACUUAUGUAAUCUGUCCACUAUCUAUCAAAGUGAAGAGGAUAAGAUGCUAUUAUUGAACUUGCAGAGUACAUUCAGAAAGCCAAGUUUGAGUUCCUUUUAAGUUCUGCUUGUUUCUACCCAUAUAUUUUCUUGUUGUUGCUGUUUUCAUUAUUUUAAUUUAUUUAGCACUGUUCUGCCUUAAACAAAUGCUUCUUUUUCACCAAUAAUCACAAUAUGUUGGUUUUACUAGACCAUUUUUUUGUUCUGCCUUAAACAAAUGCUUCUUUUUCACCAAUAAUCACAAUAUGUUGGUUUUACUAGACCAUUUUUGGGUCUCAUUAUGCUUUGUUGCAGGCUAGUUCCUGUUCAGUUUCCCCCCUCCACAUUUCCUUUAAAAAGUAGAGGAUAGAGAGAGGAAUAUAAAUCACCCUUCUUACUGCUUAGGAGCAGUAUAAUUCAUAAUGUUAUCGGAGGUGUUAUUGAAAUGCAUACUAGGUAGUUGAAGAGGAACAACUAACUGUGAAAAAGAAGUGAGGAUAAAUCCCUACACCUCUUGACCAACCAAGACGGUUUCACAUUAUCAUGCUCCAAGCAUCUCAUUUAGCCCAAAGUUUUUCCUUUAUUUGUGCUGUCUUCACCAUACUGUGAACAUGUAUUGUGGGCCCACCUCUGCAAAAUGGCAGACUUUCUCAUGGCUCACAAGGUGGUGGUGGUGGUGGGAUCAAUUGAAAGCCACCUGCAAGUAAAUAUAAAAUAAAUAAAAUAAAAAAUUCCACAUCUCUCCUGCAUGUUUGAAAUUCAGCAAGCUGACAGAGUGAUUUCAAGCCAUCCCUCUGCAAACAGGAGAUUACCCAGCACAGGGCAGUUUUCAGAAGGGAGAGAUUUGAAAGUGCAGGUGUGGUGUACUGUCUAUACUUUCAAAGGCUGGUUCAUUUCAAUCCACAUCUUCAAAGAAGAAAGGGCAUAUUGAGUAGGUUUCCUACCAUCUUGAUCCAUACCUUCAAAGUUCACCAGGUGAAAUUCAGCAAGGGGCCAGGACUGACCCAUUGGCCAUAGGUCCCCCACCCCCGGUUUAAAACAUUUCUGUCAACCAAAAGCACCACAAAUCAGCAAGAAAGAGAACCAUCAUCACCUGUAAUGAUUGAUGUAUAAAGUGAACGGAUGAGCAAAUUAAAGCUCACUUAGUCUUGCUGUGUUGUUAUCUUUGCCAGGUAUCUAUAAAUCCAGAUAAAAAGUCAAAUGUGGCUACUGGGAAUCCCAGAAACUGGCAUAGAUUUUAAUUUGAAACAGUACUGAUUAAAUCGCACCAUUGCAGUUCAUAAGUACGUAUGGAAAACUGAAUGGACUGAAAUCUCGCAGCAACUUUAGGAUCCUCCAUUGUGGUGGCUGCAUUAGGUCUGCCUGUUUGUGCCCUUGAUUACUUUCCGGGCAUGAUACUUUUGUCAUUUGCUAUGCACAAAAUGAUGAAGCAUGUGCCCAGGUGAAUUUCCCAGCUUCUACUGUAGUUCAUUUGUGGUUUCCUCCCUUUUCUCUUGCUUUCUUGUUGGGUAACAGUUGCACAGCCUGGUUGUGGCAGUUAUUUUCAGGACUUGACACGAGUCCUAUUCUUGUAUAGUAUGAAUUUUUAUUUGCCCAACUGGAAAAAGGUGUAUUUAACAAAAUUCUGCUCCUGGGCUAUGAGUGCAGUUGAAAAAUAAAUGUGUAUCAAUGUGCAAUGAAGCACUUAUAUUCUGUGAGCAAUUCAAUUGCCUGAAUCAAAUCAAAGACAUUUUGCUGUAUAGAACCAAAACACCACCAGAUGGUGCUAUUAUUUUUUUCCAAUAGUCUGUCUAUAUUGACUUUCAUAUCUAUUCCAGCAGGGUGGUGGAUGAGAUGGGGGGGAUGCUUACUUUGAAAUAAAAGCUUGAAAACCUGGCUCAAAUUGUUCAGAAAGUUUCAUUUAGAAAGUCCUGAGAAACUAGAUUUAUUGACUGGUUGAAGAAAUCUACCAAAAUUUUCUCAAAUAACUGCUUCCUGCUAUGGGGGUGAUGGAAGGGGAGGGAGGCAUACAGUGACUUGAUCUGUUAUCAAGAUUGUUCAUUCCUUGCCAGUCAUAAACAGGACAUCUCAAGUACCAGUAUUCCUUGAGAUGAAAAAUAACAAUAAAUACCUGUCUGAUUCCCACCUAUCAAAACACUUAGAAAACUCAAGGCUGGUGGAAGUUGGUCAUAAUGAAGUGACUCUUGGUUUUGUAGGAGCAGACAACACUCAUUUUGAUGUUAAAGAAGUAAGCUUUGACAUCUGUACCAACCCAACACUGUUCAGAUGUUUCAGGAGUGUGCUGACUUGGUUUUCCUCUCACACAUACUGAACCGGUCCCACCCGUAAAAUAAUUUGAAGUGUGUAGGUUAUUUAUCUCAAAGGCAAUAGUGAAUGCUACAAUGUACAGCUGCAACAGUGAACACAUGUCAAUGAAUGAAAAAGAGGGCGGUGGGGGUGGGGGUGUUCACACACACCAUCCACCAGGCUGUUCAGAUCCACCAGGAUGUUCAAAUCAUACACAAGGAUACAUUUUUCAAAGAAGCAGAUAUUUCCAGCUUGGAAAUAGAGUAAUUUGGGAUGGAAGCCACAUGGGAUUACGUUUCACACAUUCAGGAUUCUUAUGAACUGGUUCACUCUGGAUGUGAAAUUCAUCCACACUGUGGAUGCUAUGAAAAAUGUUUCUGUCACGUGAAUUGCAGUGCAGACAACUGUGUCAAUGUCAAUGCAAAUAUCUUUGAUGAAAUGAAUAGUGUGUGCUUUCCUCCUCCCCCCCUCCUCCUCCAUCAUUGAAUUUAUAUAUCUCCCUAUACCCGGAGGUCUCUGGGCAGUUCACAGAACAAAAUAAAAAUAUAAAAGCACAAAAUAUAUAAUCAAAAUGAAAGCAACAACCCCAACAACCCAAUAGCCCCCCCCAAAAAAAACACAUUUUAAAAUAGCAUAGGAAGUAAAUCAGGCCACCUAGGACUGGUUAAAAAGGAACAUUUGGGGGGGGGGGCUGGUGCCUAAAGGUUUAUAAUGAAGGUGCCAGGCAAACUUCCCUGGGGAGAGCAUUCCACAGACAGGGAGCCACUGCAGAGAAGUUAGUUAUCUGAUGUCACACUGGUAUCUGGAGAUUAAGUGCUUUGAAGCCAAGAUUUAAUAUACUGUGUGGGGCUUUCCAUGAGUCCUGUGUAGUGCUUUAAACUGCCCAGCCAAAACCUGCUUUCCCUUGCCAAUGCAAAACUGGGAAUGCACAUUGAGACAUUGGCAGCCACAUCUCUACCUCCUCAAACCUGGCAUGAUAUGAUGUGCUCUGUAGAGAAUUGCCAUACUUAAGUUUGUGUUGCACCUGCAAUACAUGCUAGUGUAAAUAAGAAUCUGUAGACUGGUAAGCUUUUCAGGUCAGAUCAAUGUACAGUGGUGCCUCACUAGACGAAUUUAAUUCGUUCCACGGGUCUAUUCUUAUAACGAAAAAUUUGUCUAGCGAAUCCCAUAGGAAUGCAUUGAAUUUUUUUUUAAAAAAAAUUGCCCAUAGGAACGCAUUAAUUGAAUUUCAAUGCAUUCCUAUGGGAAACCGUGAUUCGCUAGACGAAUUUUUCGUAAAACGAAUUUGUCUAGCGAGGCAACCUCCGCUAGAAAAAUCCUUUCUUUAAGCGAAAAUUUUGUCUUACGGGGCAUUUGCACCACUGUAUUUGUACAGCCUUGCAGAGCUGAUACCUCUUGAGGUCAAGCAAAACAAAAUACCUUUCCAUGACUAUUGUAGCCUAUGCAAACAAUAUUCUUGCAGAGCACAUUAUAUAUUUUUUCAAAGUUUAGAUAAUAGAAUUACAGUGGCAAAUAUAGGAAAGGAUUUACCAAUUCAUCCUUGUCAGCACUAAAGGACUUUUUCCUUUUAGCAUACAAGGAAUGUUAAAUUAUCUGUAGCUGUGAUCACUGCCUGGAAG